AUGGGUUCUUCUUCAAAUCAUCACUUCUCUAUUCAUGAUCACCAUGAUCCGUAUGACCAAGAAUCUGACCAAGCAUGGGAUCAAGUCUUUGAGCAAGCUACCCGUGAGUAUGGUCGGCCUAGAAAAGAGAAGAAAAAGAAGCAAUAUAUAGAAAGAAACCGUGAGGAAGGCCAGGAACGCUUAUUCAAUGAUUAUUUCGCCGAAGAUGCCACAUACCCGGCGCAUAUGUUCCGUCGCCGUUUCAGAAUGAACAAAUCCUUGUUCCUGAAAAUAGUUGAUCGACUCUCCACUCAAACUACAUUCUUUUCAACACGACCGGAUGGUUUGGGAAGGAGUAGUUUAACAGGACUACAAAAGUGCACAGCAGCUAUCCGUAUGUUGGCUUAUGGUUGUGCGGCUGACAAGAAUGACGAAUACCUUCGGAUCGCUCAAACUACUACACUCUUAUGUGUAGAAAAUUUUGUGGAUGAAAUCAUAUCUUUGUACGGGAAAGACUAUCUAAGAAGACCCACAAAAAUGAUCUUAAACGGCUACUUGACGUUGGAGAGGCACGUGGAUUUCCCGGAAUGA